AUGGAUCGCAAGAUUCUCUGUGUUGCAGAGAAGCCGGCAAUUGCACGCGCCGUAGCUACUCACCUCUCAGGUGGUUCUUUCCAAGUUCACGCGAUCAAUGGCAAUCGAUAUGUGAAGAACUUUGAGUUCAAUUUCAACUUUGGAGGCGCCUGGGGAAACUGCUCUGUGACCAUGACCAGUGUGCUUGGUCAUCUCACAGGACUAGAUUUCGAACAGCAGUACAAGGGCUGGAUGUCAUGUCCUCCUGGGGCUCUCUUUGAGGCUCCAGUGGUAGAAUUUGUUGAUAAGGAGAAACAAGGUAUCGCAGAUAAUAUUCGCAACCAGGCAAGAUACAGCAAAGCCCUGUUUAUCUGGACCGAUUGCGAUCGAGAAGGCGAACAUAUUGGCUCUGAAGUCCGGCGCCAGGCAGUCAAUGGAAACUCUCGAAUUGAGGUCAAAAGAGCCAAGUUCAGCAACACAGAAAGAGCACAUGUUCUACGUGCCGCUAGAGAACCAGUUGAACUUGACAAUUUCCAAGCAAAUGCUGUGGCUGCUAGAAUUGAGCUUGAUCUUCGGAUUGGCGCCGCUUUUACUCGCCUGCAGACCCUUCAACUCCAAAAUACAGUGGAAAAUCUGAAAGACAAGAUAAUCAGUUACGGUUCAUGCCAGUUUCCUACACUAGGGUUUGUGGUCGAUCGAUACCUGAGGGUCAAAAACUUUAAGCCUGAAACGUUCUGGGGCAUCAAAGUCAUACAUACGCGCGAAAGAAAGAAGGUCAACUUUCUUUGGAAGCGCGUUCAUCUCUUUGAUCGCGCGGUUGUGACGAUGAUGAUGGAACGAUGUUUAACUGCAAAGAAGGCGAAGGUCAUAAACGUUACCCAGAAGCCCAGGAGUAAAUGGCGACCUCUGCCCUUGACAACUGUCGAUCUUCAAAUGAUGGGAAGUCGAUUUCUCCGUAUCGAUUCUCAAACCAUCAUGAAGGUGGCCGAGGCGCUUUACACCAAAGGAUACAUCAGCUAUCCUAGAACAGAGACUGAUCAGUUCGAUAAGGGAAUUGACCUAAAGAAAUUGGUUGAAAAGCAGUUUCCAGAUGAAUCAUGGGGCCAAUACUCCCGAGAACUCAUUGAUGGAAAAUUCAGAACUCCACGGUCUGGUCGUAACAACGAUCAGGCACAUCCACCGAUCCAUCCAGUCUGCUGGGUGAAUCAAACCCAGCUAAAUGGCAACGAGAAGAGAGUGUAUGAAUUUGUAGUUCGUCGAUUCCUCGCCUGCUGCUCCGAGGACGCGAAAGGCGAGGGCAGCGACAUCGAAAUCCAAUAUGGAGAAGAAUUAUUCCAUGCCAGCGGACUCAUUGUCCUGGAAAAGAACUAUCUAGAUGUCUACGUCUACGAAAAAUGGGAAAGCAGCCAACAACUACCAAAAUUCGAGAGGGGAGAAGUUUUUGAACCUACCGAAGCCAACAUAUUUGAGGGCAAAACCUCGGCACCGAGCUACCUGACUGAACCGGAACUCAUCGGUCUUAUGGACGCCAACGGCAUCGGCACCGACGCGACAAUGGCAGAACAUAUUGCAAAAGUCAAAGAGCGUGAAUACGUUAUGACGCACAAGCGCGGUACAGGCCGAACUUCGGUUGAAGAGCUCAUCCCAACCAGGUUGGGUGUUGCGCUUGUCGAGGGGUACGACAAUGUUGUUGCAGGUCUACCAAAUAGUAUCUCGCUGAGCAAGCCGUUUCUUCGAAAGGAAAUGGAAUUGCGGAUGCUUGAGAUUUGCGCUGGGAGAAAGACACGGCAGGAGGUUGUUCAGCAGAGUCUGGACUUGUACCGAGAGGUCUUCAUUCAUACUCAAAGGCAGAUUGUGAAACUAAAAGAUGCAUGCCGAAAAUAUAUCAUUUGA